AUGGAUAGCAUCGAAACUUAUUUACCAAAGGAAAGAGUGACUACACUGGUGUUUUUCGUUAAUGGAAAGAAGGUGAUCGAGACAGAGCCAGAUCCGGAAUGGACGUUACUCUGGUAUCUUCGUCGGAAAUUGCAACUGACCGGAACGAAGUAUGGCUGCGGAGAGGGAGGUUGUGGAGCCUGUACGGUGAUGCUGUCACAGUAUAUAAAACAGGAAGAUCGUGUCCAUCAUAUAGCAGUAAAUGCUUGCCUUACUCCACUUUGCUCCAUCCAUGGACUAGCGGUCACUACAGUUGAGGGUAUUGGUAAUGCUCAAGAUAAAUUACAUCCAAUCCAGAAGAGGAUUGCGAAAUCACAUGGAUCGCAGUGUGGAUUCUGUACACCUGGAAUUGUUAUGUCCAUGUACGCUUUGCUAAGAAAUAAGCACAAAAUACACUAUGAUGAUAUCGAGGAAGCAUUACAGGGUAAUCUAUGCAGGUGCACUGGUUACAGACCUAUAGUAGAAGGUUUUAAAACUUUUACUGAGGAAUGGAAGGUCAUGUCCCAAACGACUUGCAAGAUGGGUAAUGAUUGUUGUCGACUCAAACAAAAUGGUGAAAAAAACGGUGAACAAAGUGAACAGAGUGAUGUGCUCUUUAAUGAAUCUAAAUUUAAACCCUAUAACCCGACACAAGAACCUAUUUUUCCACCAGAAUUGAAACUCGUUGAGGAGUAUAAUAAACAAUUUCUGUUCUUCAAAGGCAAUAAUUGCGUGUGGGUACGUCCACAAAAUUUGCAACAACUGCUCAUAUUAAAAAAAGCAUUUCCGUAUAGUAAAAUUGUUGUAGGAAAUACUGAAAUAGGUGUAGAAGUAAAAUGUAAGAAGAUGACUUAUCCUGUUUUAUUGUCUCCUCAGUUAAUAACUGAGAUGCAAGGAAUUAAAAUAAAUGAGACCAGUAUUACAGUAGGCGCAACCGUGUCACUUACGAAAUUACAAGAUUUUCUACAAAAUAUGAUGUCGAAAAAUCCAAAAGACUACAUGAAAGUAUUUGAUGCGAUUGUACAAAUCCUUUAUUGGUUUGCGGGAAGUCAAGUUCGUAAUGUGGCUUCAAUAGUAGGUAAUAUUAUAACCGCCAGUCCAAUAUCUGAUCUAAACCCAAUAUUGAUGGCAUCUGCAUCUUCCUUAAAUGUCUGUAAUAGUGAAGGGAACAUGCAAAAAGUGGUAAUAGAUGAAGAAUUUUUCAAAUCGUAUAGAAAAGUUGCAUUAAGAGAUGACGCAGUUGUUGUCUCUUUGGAUAUACCAUUCACAGAGGAAUGGCAAUUCUUUAAAGCUUAUAAACAAUCCAGAAGAAGGGAUGAUGAUAUAUCAAUAGUAACAGGAGUUUUUAAUAUUACAAUUGAUAAGUCCUCUAAAAUUGUUAAACAGGCAAAAAUAUGUUUUGGGGGUAUGGGACCUACAACCGUUUUAGCAAGAAAAUCAUCUGAUAUAAUCAUUGGUUCCAUUUGGAAUAAAGCAUUGCUUGAUAAAAUGUUUAAGUCUCUAAAUGAAGAAUUUAAAUUAGAUAUUUCGGUGCCAGGAGGAAUGGCCGACUAUCGAAAAUCACUUUGUUUAAGUUUAUUCUUUAGAUUUUAUAAUUACGUAUGGAAUGAGGUUUAUGGCAAUGGUUAUACAAUUAAAAAGGAAAACUUAAGUGCUGCUGAAGAACUGCCACGUAUGAUGCCAAAAAGCUCGCAAUGUUUUGAAAUAAUCGAAUCAAACAAGAAUAGAAUUGAUGGACUUGGUAAACCUAUUCCUCACGCAUCAGCCGAAAAGCAAGCUACUGGGGAAGCGAUAUAUUGCGAUGAUAUUCCUUCGGUGGAUGGAGAACUUUUUUUAUCUCUCGUGUUAAGCUCAGAGUCUCACGCCAAAAUUCUAUCUAUUGAUUCUAGUAAUGCUUUGAAAUUACCAGAUGUGGUAGCAUUCCUGUCAGCUUCAGAUUUGUCUAGCGAAAGAAAUAAAAUGGGGCCUAUAUUUAAAGAUGAAGAAAUAUUCAGUAGUUCGAUCGUGACUAGUCGUUCUUGCGUUAUAGGAGCAGUUGUUGCAAAAACAGAAAGUGCGGCUAAAAAGGCGAAAGAUUUAAUUAAAGUUACUUAUGAAAAACUAGACCCUCUUAUAAUAACUGUUGAAGAUGCUAUACGUUGCCAAUCAUUUUUCGAUGGCUAUUGUCCACGGAAAUUGUCAAAGGGAGAUAUAAACAAAGCAUUUAGUGAGGCAAAACACAUUAGGGAAGGUUAUGUUAGAAGCGGACCUCAAGAACAUUUUUAUUUAGAAACCAUUUCUGCGUUCGCCAUAAGAGAAGAAGAAGAAUUGAAAAUCAUAUGUACAUCCCAAAAUCCAGCUGACAUAGCGCACAUAGCCGCAGAAACCCUUGGGAUACCAAAUCACAAAGUAGUUUCUAAAGUAAAACGAAUUGGCGGUGGAUUUGGUGGAAAAGAAACAAGAGCUGCUGUUUUAGCCAUACCCGUAGCUAUAGCUGCUUAUAAAUUAAAGAAGCCUGUUAGAGCUGUAUUGGACAGAGACGAAGAUAUGCAAGUUACUGGUUACAGACAUCCAUACCUCAUUAAAUAUAAAGUAGCGUUUGACGAUCAUGGUAAAAUAUUAGGAGCGUCUUAUGAUUUAUAUGCCAAUGCUGGUAAUUGCAUGGAUAUUUCAUGUUCGAUGAUGGAGAGAGCUCUAUUCCACGUAGAUAAUUGUUAUUUUAUUCCUAACAUACAAAUAAAUGGCUAUCUCUGUAAAACGAACACACCAUCAAACACUGCGUUCAGAGGAUUCGGUGCACCGCAGGCGAUGAUGGCAGCUGAAACUAUGAUAAGGGAUAUAGCGAGUGCAUUAAACAAAGAAUACGAGGAAAUAAUCUCUGCGAAUCUCUAUACAGAAGGAUCGUUAACACAUUUUAAUCAAAGACUUAAUUAUUGUACUUUACCUCGAUGCUGGACCGAGUGUAUCGAACGAUCGAAUUAUUGGCAAAGAAAACGGGAUAUUGCAGAAUAUAAUAGAAAUCAAAGAUGGAAGAAGAGAGGCAUUAGUAUAGUGCCCACAAAAUAUGGUAUUUCAUUUCAAGGCGAUCUUUUGAUGCAAGGUGGCGUUCUACUAUUAAUUUAUAAGGACGGAUCCGUUCUGCUAUCUCUUGGAGGUAUUGAAAUGGGGCAAGGUCUUUUUACCAAAAUGAUUCAAGUCGCCUCUCGGGCUUUAGAAGUUGAUGUCUCGAAAAUACAUAUAAGUGAAAUGGCUACAGACAAAGUACCUAACAGUUCACCAACUGCUGCUAGUAUUAGUUCCGAUAUAUACGGAAUGGCGGUAAUAAACGCCUGCAACACUAUCAAUGACAGAUUGAAACCAAUUAAAGCUAAAAACCCUGCAGGACGGUGGGAAGAGUGGAUUUCUCAAGCGUAUUGUGAACGAAUAAGCUUAUCAGCUACAGGCUUCUAUUCUGCCCCUAAAAUUGAUUACGAUAGGGAAAAAAAUUCAGGGAAUCUGUAUGAAUAUUUCACUUAUGGAGUUGCUUGCUCAGAGGUUAUCAUUGAUUGUCUCACUGGAGAUCAUCAGGUACUGAGAACUGAUAUAGUUAUGGAUGUUGGCGAAAGUUUAAAUCCAGCGAUAGAUAUCGGACAAAUCGAAGGGGCGUUCAUACAAGGAUACGGCUACUACACGUUAGAAGAAAUGUUGUUCUCACCAACUGGAGAAGUAUUAACUAAGGGACCAGGUGCUUAUAAAAUCCCAGGAUUCUCUGAUAUUCCGAAAGAAUUUAACGUAGCCUUACUGAAAGGGGCACCCAAUCCACGUGCUGUUUAUUCUUCUAAGGCUAUAGGAGAGCCUCCGCUGUUCCUCGCAGCGUCAGUAUUUUUCGCUAUAAAGGAAGCUAUCAAAUCCGCGCGAGUAGAUGCCGGGGUCGAUCCCGAUUUUAUUUUAGAUAUACCAGCGUCUUGUGCUCGAAUAAGAAUGUCCUGUGAAGACGUAAUUACAGAACAGGUGAAACCCACGAUAACAUCUGAACGUCAACCGUGGAAUAUAACUCUAUCUUAA